AUGCGAAAAAAAGAUUAUUAUAAACAACAAUCAUGUAAAUAUAUAUUAGACAGAGAAGAGUACAAUGAUCCUGAUGAUGAAUAUUUGAUCGAAUUCAAGACACUGUUAUUUGAUGAGUUAUUAUACAAUAUAAGAAAGGUGCCUUUCGCUGGUCAUAUCAAUAAUCAUUUAUUAAAUGAUAACGCAACGUUUUAUGAUUGCAUACGAAGUAAUUCACUCUAUUGGUUAUAUACAGCUGAUAGACGAAUGAUCCAUGAUGAAAGAGUCUAUUCAUUUCGUUUCUGUAAUCCAUGCCAUCCUGAUUAUUAUGAAUCAUUUAUUAUUGACAAACAUCCUUUAUUUGUACCAUCACAACAACAUCGUCAUGGAUUAGAAGGAUGGUAUAAAUAUAUAGGAAAAGAAUUACCAAAAACGAUUGAAAAUUAUUUAAAUGUAGCUAAUAUUAUGAAUGAAACUGUAUCUCAUGAAACGAAAAUCUUUGUGAAUAAUAAAUAUGAACGAUUGGAUAUUGAAUUUUAUUUUCGACAUGUUUAUCGUAAACGACUAACAAUUACAUUUGAACCUGGCUAUCCUGCUGUUGUUGUUUAA